AUGGCCUAUUCCAUUUCAACACACAACUUUGUUGCGCUUUCAGAUCUGCAUCCAAAUUUGGCUCGCCCUAGUAUAAUCGGUGUAGUUAUUGGGAAAACAGAUGUCAAAGGUUUUCCAGACCGAAAAAACAUUGGAUCUGAGAGAUACACCUUCAGUUUUACCAUUCGAGAUUCACCAGCUUACUUUAUAAAUGUAAAUUCUUGGGGCAGAGAGGAGUAUGUUAGAUCGCUUUCAGAAAGUUUUAGAGUAGGUGACUGUGUGACAAUUGAAAAUCCUUUAGUGCAAACAAAGGAACUAGAAAAGGAAGAAAAAUUCAAUCCCACAACUCCUAGCUGCUACAAAUUAUUGCUCAGUGAGACUCAUUCAGUGGUCAAAAUUUGUUGCCACUAUGAAGUGGACACCAAGCUGCUUUCCCUGUUGCAUCUACCUGUAAAGGAUCCUCAGGAUUACUAUUCUCUGGGUGACAUUGUUGCAAAUGGGCAAAGCCUUGAUGGAAGAAUCAUUAAUGUGCUUGCAGCAGUGAAGUCGGUUGGGGAGCCAAAGUACUUUACCACUUCAGACAAAAGGAAAGGUCAGAGGUGUGAAGUAAAGCUGUGUGAUGAAACAGAGUUGUCCUUUGCAAUGAUUUGUUGGGAUAAUGAAUCUAUCCAGCUUGCGCAGAGUUGGAUGCCACGAGAAACAGUAAUAUUUGCAUCAGAGCUGAGAAUAAAUUUUGACAAAUUUAGGAACUGCAUGACUGCGACUGUUAUAUCAAAAACCAUUUUUACAACUAAUCCAGACACACCAGAAGCGAAUAUUCUUUUCAACUUCAUAAAAGAGAGUGCAGCAACGGGAGCUUUGGAUGAUAUAACUGAGGAUCAGUUAAAAGAAUCCAUAAAUUUGCAGACUAUAGUUGACAUUUAUACUGUGGAGCAGUUAAAGGUAAAAGCUUUGCAGAAUGAGGGAAAACCUGAACCAGUCUAUGGCAUUAUUUACGCUUAUAUUUCUACAUUGAACAUUGAUACUAAUACAUCUAAAAUUAUACGAAACAGGUGUUCAGGGUGCCGCUAUGUGGUCAAUGAAACGUCAAACACAUGCACUUUCUGCAAUGACAACACUUCAGAUGCUAAGUCUGUCUUUACCAGUUUUGAUUUACUAGUUGAUCUUACAGAUCACACAGGCACUCUACGUUCAUGUAACCUCUCAGAUGUUGUAGCUGAGGAAACAUUAAGUUGCACGGUCCAUGAAUUCCUCACUCUGACGGAAGAGCAGAAGACAGCAUUAAAAUGGCACCUUCUUCUGGAACGAAGCAAAAUUUAUUUUAAAUUGGUUUUGUCACCCAGUUUGAGAACCGGAUUGAGAGUGAACUUGCUUUCAUGCAAACUAGCAGAUCCUGUAGAGGCCAGUCAGAGCUUGUCAGGAAAAGGAAGAAAAUAACAUUGUUUGGCUUUUUAACAGCUGGACGGAUUUAAAAAGGUUGUACUGCAUUGAAACGACAUUAUUAUAAAAAAAGAUGUUUGAUGCAAUAUUUGUAUUUUGUUAAAUGUAUUUAGAUUGGUAAAAGAGAAACAGGUUUAUUACUGAACUUUACAAAUGGGCCUAUAUCUUCUUGAUCUUUCUGUUUUAUAUUAUUCUUCUUAGAAAAGUUUAUUUAGGGGCCAUUUUAGGAAAAAAUCUGUCUGGCAUCUAGAUGCACUUUCUGUUGAAUUAAGCCCCUUAAGUAGAAAAGGAAACAAUUUUCAUUGUUUAUAAUAAAUUUUGAAAAAUGCUCAAAGGAAUAAUAAACAGUUAUUUAAUCUAAAUUGCAAACAUGUUUUUAUUACAAUAUACCCCAUAGGAAAGAAAUUCUAAAACUAUAAUUCUUGAUUUAUUGUGGUAGAUACGAUCUGUGAUCUCAUAUAGCAU